AUGCAGACGUAUCAUGCCGUCUCAACCUACCGUGCCUGGCGGUACUCUCUCCCGCCGACGUCUACAGUCGGUGUAGUCCCAACAAUGGGUGCCCUUCACGCCGGUCAUAUAUCUCUCGCUCGUGCCGCAGCAUCCGAGAAUACGCACGUGGUUGUCACUAUCUUUCUCAACCCCGCGCAAUUCUCACCAACCGAGGAUCUAGCUUCGUAUCCAAAGACACUAGAGAAGGAUUUGGAGAAAUUAGAGGAGCUGAAUGCUUCGUUACCGGAUGAUGUUCCCGGGAGGGUUUCUGCUGUAUUCGUCCCAACUGUUGCGGAAAUGUACCCUGCUGGGAUUCCACUGGUGAGAGAUCAGCAAGUGGGUACUUUUGUCGAAGUUAUUCCGUUAUCUGCGAAGCUGGAAGGUGGUACUCGACCACAUUUCUUUAGAGGGGUGGCAACGGUUUGUACAAAGCUUUUUAAUAUUACAAAUCCGAAUAGAGUAUACUUUGGACAGAAGGAUGUUCAACAGACGGUUAUUAUCAGAAGGCUAUUAUUGGAUUUGCUUUUUGACAUCGAGUUAAGAGUCAUUCCCACAGAAAGAGAAAAAGAUGGAUUGGCGAUGAGUUCUAGGAAUGUUUACCUGAAGGGCAGAAGAAGAGAAGUGGCUAUUGUUAUAUACAAAGCCUUAAAGGCAGUAGAAGAGAUGUACAACGGCGGAGAGAAUAGGGCUAGUGUGUUAUUGAAGAAGGCGAGGGAAGUGGUUGAUAAUGCAGGGAGUGAAGUCAAGCUAGAUUAUGUGAGUUUGAAUGAGCCGCAGUUAUUGGAGGAAGUGGAUGUUGUGGAGAAGGGUAAAGGGGUGAUUCUGAGUGCGGCGAUGUGGGUUUUGCCGAGAGAAGAGGAGGAAGGAACUGUCAGGUUGAUCGAUAAUUUGGUUCUGUCGUAG